AUGAACUUCAAAAGUCUUCUUUUGUCCUUCUUCCUGGUUUUUGCGGUUGGACUCGCUCUGGUCCAUGCCGAGGAGACCACCGAACCACGAGGCCCAAAGAUCACAAGCAAGGUUUUCUUUGACAUUGAGCAUGGAGACAAGCCUUUAGGAAGAAUUGUGCUUGGAUUGUACGGCAAGACUGUCCCUAAGACAGCUGAGAACUUCCGCGCUCUCGCUACCGGUGAGAAGGGCUUCGGUUAUGAGGGCUCUACCUUCCACCGUGUGAUCAAGAGCUUUAUGAUCCAGGGCGGUGACUUCACCCGUGGUGAUGGUACUGGUGGAAAGUCGAUAUACGGCGAGAAAUUCCAGGAUGAGAACUUCAAGCUUAGGCACACCCGCAAGGGCCUUCUGAGCAUGGCAAACGCUGGCAAGGAUACCAACGGCUCUCAGUUCUUCAUUACCACCGUUCCUACUCCAUGGCUGGAUGGCCGCCAUGUUGUUUUCGGUGAGGUCCUUGAGGGCUACGAAAUCGUGGAACAGAUCGAGAAUGCGCCCAAGGGUCCUGGCGACAAGCCUGCGCAGACCGUCAAGAUCGUCAAGAGUGGAGAGAUCAAGGAUGAAUCUACCAAAGGUAGCCACGAGGAGCUGUAG